GUUUGUGUGUGUUUUGAAGGACAAAUGGUGCAAAGGACGGUAUUGAAGGUACUAUUAUCAUGCGAGAAAUGCAAGAAGAAACUUUUGAAAUCAGUUUCUAGCCUUGAAGGUGUAGAUAAGAUUGAAAUAGAUGGAGCCAAAGGAACAUUAACUGUAACAGGAGAUGCAGAUCCUUAUGAGAUAAUUUUACAAACAAGGAAGGCCAUAAAAUGUGUAGAAGUGGUAACAAUUGGGCCUCCACCUCCACCUCCAAAGAAGGUAGAUGAAAAGAAACCACCAGAGAUAAAGCCUAUUCAGAAAGUUCAUAUGUGUUCAUGUAAUAAUAUGAGCUUGCCGAAUACCUGUGUUGUUUGUCAACCAUUGGCUGUGGUUCAUAUGCCUCCCGAACCAUGUACCACUUGUACCAUUAUCUACUGCUAUAGCAAAUCUCGAUCCCUCCAGUUCGUAUCUCACCGGCCGAAGGAAAAGACCGACCAACUUGACACCGACCACCACCUCCCUCCGCCCUCUUCUGUCGAGUCACUCCAGCAAUCACCGAUGCCACUUUUUCCCUCCUUUGUCUUCGCCGGUAGAAGACCAAACAAAAGCAUCAGAGGCUACCGGAGCUCCUCCCUCCGCCACCCACUGCCUCUUUCCCAUCGAGAAACACCACCACCACCAACGAUGGUGUUGCUGUUGCUGGGACCACCAUGA